AUGAAAAGUAUGAUUUGUGAGCUUAACCUUUGCAAGGUUCACUUGGUCCAGGGUCUUGCUUCCAUGAUUAUAAUCGUGUUCUUCGUUUACAGCACUUAUGGUACAUUGGGGCCAGUGAACGAGAGUGGCAUUCAAGAUUCAUCAUUUUCCAAGGGAAACUAUACGGUCAAAUCUAGGAAACUAUUGGACUUAUCUGACGAGGAUAAUGGAGAUGACGAUGAUGGCUAUAUGAACCGCUUUGGGUCGGUAUGUUCGAAGGACAACAUACUCGUAUUCCAGGGUCAAACAACACCAUUACCUAAUGGAAUUCCGACGUACACAGUCGAUAUCCAGAAUGCUUGUACCUCAGGAAGCUGUAGCAUUUCCAACAUUCAUCUCAGUUGUGGAUGGUUCAGCUCGGCGAGGUUGGUUAAUCCGAACGUGUUUCGACGGAUUGGCUACGACGAUUGCCUUGUGAAUGAUGGAAAGCCGAUGAAUCCUGGAGAUUGUAUUUCGUUUCAGUAUGCUAAUACUUUUAAGUAUCCACUUUCAGUAUCAUCUGUGGCUUGCACGUAA